AUGCAACAGGUGCAAGAGCAGGCCGGAUGGGUAAGCGGAUGUGACUCGCUCAUGGUCCACCACAUCCAUAAUGCGUUCAAAGAAAACCUUCAGAAAAUGGCCCCAAUGGAGGAGUGGGCCGAAUGGCUUGAAAGCAUUGUAGAUCAGAUUUUGGCGAAAUACCACGACAAGCCGGUGCAAAUAAUUUCAGAAGUUGGAAAGCAAUUUUUGCUGAACUGGAGCUGUUACACGUCGAUGUUAAUCCGUGAUUUGACGCUUCGAUCUGCUGGAUCAUUCGGUUCAUUCCAUCUCAUACGAUUACUCACUGAUGAGUACAUGGUCUAUCUAGUGGAAUCUCGUAUUGCCAAAGCAGCCAACCGAGCAAUGAUUACCGUAAUCAGCCAGGUAUAG